AUGGAUGGAAAAGAUCUAAAAAGAAAAAGUACAACUGAUCUACCAAUAUCUAGUUUAAUGAAGGAUGAUAAUCAAACAGAUACAACAGCAGUAAAGAAACAAAAGUCGAAUCAUCAUGAUGAAAAUGAUGUAGUUGAUUUAUCUUGUGAAGAUCCGACAACAACAGCAAUAACAACAACAAAUAAUAAUAAUGAAAGUAAUAGAGAACAAUUUGUAAAAACAUUGGUUUUUAGACAGAGAUAUCUGAUGCGUUUGAUCAUGGAGAAAGUCAAGGAGUUGCCCAAUAUCAGAGGUUUGGCACCGGUUAGAUUUAACACCAAAAUGCUUAGUGGACUCAACACUCCAUAUGUUACACCUGUUGUUAUUCCUGAAGACUACAAACUGUCUGGUUUCACUAAAUUACCGAAUCGACCCAUUCCAAAAUAUGAUAUCGCUCAAAAUUCAAUGAGAUACAUGGAGAUUGAUGAUAUUAGUUGGAUGUGUCGCAAUAACUACACCGCACUACUUCGUUACAAACUGGAGAGGAAUGAACCUCUCAGACUCACCGAUGUUCGGUCAACCUAUAAAACGAUGGUCACCGACAAACGACUAUUCCAACUAAUGUAUGAGAGGUUCCCAAAGGAUUUAAGACGUUCACUUCCAUAUCUUGUAGUACAAAAUAUCACCCGAGAUAUGUUGGAGUUCAUAAUGAAUUAUUUGGAGCAUUACCCUUACGAUUAUAUCCGGGCACUCCUCACCUUUAUCGAGCACAACAAUCUUGAGUUGGUCGAACAGAUGCUUACUUUUCAAACUCCAGCGCUCGGCUACCAAGAGUUGGAAUUGGUUCAGUCAAGUAUCAAGUCAGGAUUAGCAAUGGUGAAACUAAUUACACCACGUUUUCGAUCUUUGUAUAUAGAGUACUCUAGCAAAGACGUAAUCUUUGUGAAUUUAUUGGAGACUCGAGAUUUGGAAUUGAUCGAUUAUUUCCAAUCAAACUUUGGGCUGGUUUUCAAUCAAAAUAUAUAUAACCAUUACUUCUUCAAUGUUGCCAAAAUAGCCAAUAAAGAGGCAAGCAACCCGGAAACAAUUGAAAGAAACGAACAAACCAUUGCCAAAGUCAUGGAGAUUCUUAAGAGCAACAAAUCAAUUGUUGAGACUAAUCAACGAUUGGCAGAGUUGGAACGAUCGAAAUAUGGAAAUGGAGGUGUACCCAUCACGGAAUCCGAUGUUAUCAAUAUGCGUGGAUACAUGAUUCGAUACUAUCCUUUUGUUAUGUUGAAUAAAGAAUGUUUCUUGCCAGAAUCGGACGAACAACUUCGCAUUGUUGAAUUCCUGUUAAGUGAAAUGAAGGAAACCAUCGGUAGAAAAACAAUGACUACACUCUUUUAUGCAAUCUCCAAUGGAUUGAAACAAAUCACCUAUUUUAUAAUCAAUAAAUUGGAAUUCAAAAACAUCUACCAUUUCUUAAAUUUAGAAUCAGUUACAAACAAAUGUAUUUCUGCAGCAAUUCAAACGAAACAAUUUGACAUUGUCGAAUUGAUAUUCGAAAAGUGGGGAAAAAUACUCAAAGACAAUGAAGUUCUCAAAAGUAUUAGAGAAUCCAAUUCAUUCGCAGCACUCCAAUUGUUUUUAAAACAUUUCCCAAGUGCUAUAUUGGACUCUAAAUUCCAUUGUACCGAAGUUGGCUACGUGUUGGACAAUCUUCAAGCCGAGGAACUUGGAAUCAAAUGUGACAACAUCGAUAACAAUCUCGACUUUGCAAGAUGUGGAGAGAACGGACUUGCAGUUAUCAUCAUCGCCUAUCUCAAUUUCAGAAAAGAUAAAUUCAAUUCCAAUAAUUUAGAAAUUGCACUUUAUACUGCUGCUCAGUUUAACCAACUGGCAUUCCUCCAAGAGGUUCACAAGCUGAUGCCCGACUACCGAUUCAAAAUGACUAAACACAUGCGUGGUGUCCAAGGAAAGAAUAAAUCAGCCGUCGAAUAUUUCAAUGACACAUUUAAAUUAAAAACAACAAAGCCAACAAAGAAGAAGAAAUAA